UUUGGCUCCCGUAACGUCCAGAGACGAUCCAUGAAGAAGCUGAACUGGGACACCAUCCCCAGCCAGCGCGUCCUGGGCAAACUGAACGUGUGGACGACGCAGCGUCCUCAGAGGGACCUGGUGCUGGACAUCCGGAGCAUGGAGGAGCUGUUCAGUCACGUGGACAAACGGCCGUCGCUGAGAGACUCCAGGCUCGUGGGUCAGAAGAAGUGCGAUGGCAAGGAGCUCUUUCCACAGGAACCUCAGGUCACAAUCCUGGACUCCAAGAAGAGCAUGAACAUCGGGAUCUUUCUGAGACAUUUCAAGAGGCCAGUGACGGAAAUGGUGCAAGACAUUCGUCAAGGGAACUGGCUCAGGUUCGGAUCAGGGAAACUCAAAGAGCUGUGUAAACUGCUGCCAGAGGAAAGUGAGGUGAAGCAGCUGCUGUCCUUCAGUGGGAACCUCUCUGUUCUACCUGUGGCUGAUCAGUUCAUGGUGCAGCUGGUCAAAGUCCCGGGCUACGAGGAGCUCCUGAAGAUGAUGGUGCUGAGGGAGGAAUUCUUUCCUCUCAUGGAGGAGGUGAAGAACUCUGUCGCUGUCAUGACCAAAGCAGCGAAUGAGCUGCUGGACUGUGAUGACCUCCACUCCGUCAUCCGGCUGGUGUUGAAAGCCGGGAAUUACAUGAACGCUGGUGGUUACAGUGCCAACGCCAUCGGCUUCAGGAUGACGUCACUGCUCAAGCUGGCAGACACCAAGGCCAACAAGCCGGGCAUGAACCUCAUGCACUAUGUUGCCAAGCAAGCAGAGGACAUCGAUGCCGAGUUGCUGACAUUUCCCAGCCAGAUUGAACACAUCGGUUUGGCGUCGAGAAUCUGUAAAGACGAGUUGAUCACCGACUUUGAGAGAGAGGUGAAAAAGAUCAAGGAGGUGAAGCUGUACAGCAGCAGACAGCCCGGCCUGGUGCAGCAGAUGGAGACAUUUUUCAUGAGGGCUAAUGUGAAGCUGGACGAGGUGGAGUCCUCGGUCCAGGAGCUCAUUUCUCUGAGCAACGCUGUCGCUGAGUAUUUCUGUGAAGACCCAGCGACCUUCAAACUGGAGGAGUGCUGCUCCAUCUUCCACUCGUUCGGCAAACGCUUCGAUACCGCCGUUCAGGAGAACCGAGGGCGGGAGGAGGCCGAGCAGAAGCGCAAGCGGAAGGAGAGCAUGCGUCUCUCAGCCAAGCGCCGCUCCACGGUGUCGUGUCCGGCACCGGAGAGGAACCAGGAGUCCAGCCUGGAGUCGGCCUUGCACAGCCUCCUGUCCACCGUCCCCAAGGGAUCAGACCGAUGCAGGAGGAACAUGCUGUCGCCGAUCGUAGGAUCCCCCUCCGGCCACAUUCCUCAGCCUGGGAAAACUGAUGCUUCCCCCUGUGCUACACAAGAGAGGCCGGAGAAGAAACAAGCCAAACUGCAGAAGGAGAAUGAGGAAGUCACAGAGCUGGAGGACAAAGAGGAAGCUGAGAAGAUGCGUGAGAUAACUCGGAAGGUGCUUCACUACCAGAACAGCCGGAGCAGCCUGGACGGGGACAGAGUCUCAGGCACCCCCCCUCGCUCGGACACUCCAGCUACUCCGAGGACCCCUCACCCCAGGAACAGGAACUACUUCUUCGCCAACAAUGGGAACGUGGGCUCGCCGUGGACCAUCCUCAGCCCCUUGACUUGUUCCCAGAGAGACAUCCCAAACCAGGACGGACCAGCACGCCCACAGAGACUGUCCCUGACGCCUGGGGAGGACGAUGAUGGAGUCUGGGAGAGUCAAGAAGGCGAUCAUCCUCCCGGUGGUGGCAGGCGGACGUCUCCAUCCGGGGGGGGCUCUUCGUCCGUGCCCGAGUGCCCCCCCCAGAGAGCCGUGUCCCAGGGUCCGAUCCACAGGUCGGCUUCCAUGGAAGAAACCAGGCAGUCUCCACUGGCUCGCUUCCGGCUGGGCGACUUGUUCCAGAGGUCGUACUCCUCGGGGUCAAGGACAGAAACUAUAGGGGACGACAUAUCGGGAGUGUUCCCACUGCAUCGCGGAAAGGGGCGGAGCCACGUCGAGGGGCAAAGCUCCGGGUUGAUUUCCUUCUUCAGACGCAUCGGAGGCCGGAGUAAACCGGAAGACAUCGAAGAUCAGAACUUCACAGAAUCCAGAAAUUUUUCUUAG